GUUAAACAAAUCAGUUUAGAUUGAAGUUUCCCCUUGACCGGAUCUAAAUUUCAGUAGAAAUGUCCAACCAUUCCUCGACCAAUACCUCCUCCCGUACUGCCAAAAAAGUUUCAGAACAAGCAAAAAUUCCCAACCGUUCCCUGUCCCAAACACCAUCAAGUACCUCAGACGAUGAACCAAUCACUGGAAUCAUUAGUAAACUGGAUGAUCUUGAAAACACCAUAAGUAAUUUGGAAUUGGAUGUUCGUAAAGAACUUAACACGCAACGGCUUCUAAGUCGUUGUCAGUUGAAUCUUGCCGCUAAAUGUGCGGAAACAGCGAAAGACCCUUCUGCUUUGGAAACGCAAAGCAGAAGACCUAGCGGCGGUUCUGCGUUUUUGGGACUUACUGAGUGCAACUGCCGUUGCCACCAAGCGCUCGUCAUUUAUCUCGAUCAGUUACGACAGGCAAAGCUGGAACAGGAAGAGCUUCUGAGACACCUCAAGAUGAAGGAAGAACAAUUGCUGCUUUAUCGAUCAAAAAUGCUGGAAAUGAAUUCAAUCGUCGAGCACCAGAAGCAACAGUUGAAGACCCUCAAGGAAAAUGAAGUACUGGUUACCCAGAAAAUCAAUUCCGCCGUGGAGAAAGAAAAUCAAAUGCUUAUGCAAGAAAUCAACCGUUUGAAGCAACUGCCGGAUGAGCUUCGGGAGCGCGAGCAAGCUUUAAAGUUUGCCAACAAGGAACUGCAGGAAACGAAGCUGACCCUCAAAUCAUUGCUGUUGGAUAUCGAAUCUGGACUGGAGGCGUGUGAGGGUAUAUCCGGAGAAUUGCAGCAAGAGCGAACCCGGGCUUUCAACACACUGACCGAAAUUGACCAGGAGAAGCGAAAGGUUUUGAACUGGGUCGACAAAUAUACUUCGCUGAAAGAGGAAUACGAUUCAGCGGUAAAGCAAAAGCAAUCCAAUGACCAGUUGAUGUCAGAACUACGGUUAAAGACCACGCAGUUGGAAGAGAUUACCAGGCAGUAUGAUGCUCUAAAGGAGGAAAGUACUACAUAUAUGGCAAGAAUGCAAAGUGAAUACGAUAAGCAGGAAGCGGAAUUGAACAAAAGAGCAGUAGAUAUGGAAUGCGAAAAUCAUCGUCUGAAAGUUACACUGGAGGACCAAAGCACAAAAGCAUCGUCUGCCUCACACAAUAUGCAACGUGAACUGUUGAGUCUUGAGAUGAAGUUCAAUGAGGCUCAAAAUGAAAUCGACACUUUGAAGAGAUACAACGAAGCUGCUGCCGCCGCGGCAGAGUAUGGAGUACGCAAGAAGAAUUUCUUAAAAGACGAAUCGUCAUCUACCGAAACCCUAAGCCCACCGUUUUGCAGUUUGUGUGCCGUCGAGCAAACUGCCGGUGAAGCGUACUCUUGUACGUGCUCUUCCAAUGAGUCGGAAAGCGUCUGUAGCCUUAUAAAUGAGGAGGCUGAACCAGAAGGCUCUAAAUGAUUAACAAUUACAGGCAUCCUAUCGUUGCUAACCAUUGAAUUUGUCAUUCUGGCAUCAGGUCCAAGUGUAGAGAAUUGGU